UAAGUUAUGUAGCUAUUUCAACUUUUUAAAGAAAGGCAUGGCUGCUGAUACCACAACAGUUGUUAAUGUUCAGGUACUUCCGGAACUUUCGUAAUGGCUUUUUUUUGUUUGUUUUUUUGUUCUGGUUAAUGCGUGUAAGGACCAACUGGAUGGACGCUGCUGCGGCUCCUGCUCCUCCUCCUCCUGCUCUUUGAGCUAAAACUGAUGAAUGAGUGUGGUCUUUCUGAGCUGCCCCGCACCACAGUAUCACCGGGCAGAUAAAAGAAUCACUACUUGGAAGGACUUUGCUGCAAGACCGGGCACAGAAGGAGUGUGCAGUGUGGCCAUGCUGAGGUAGCAGUGACAGGCUACAGGGAAGGAUGUCUGAGGAAGAUGAGACGACUGUGAAUGGAAGGGUAAAGGAGGUGUCAAUCUGUUACAUAAGUGAUGACGAUGAAGAAAAUGAUGGCGAUGAUGAAGAUGAGGGGAUACUCGACCAGCCCCACAGCGCCCCCUUCAGCUCUGAGAAUGAGGCUCAGGGAGGCAACCCCACUGUGUGGCAGUGCACUCCUCCCCCAUCUACCUCACCCUCGGGGGAUGCAGCGGCUCAUCCUGUCCCUUACCAGCCAGCGUCCAGACCUCGGUCCAGGUCGACCAGCCAAAGUCCCUCCCCGCCCUCCGCCCUGACGGGAACUAAGAAGAGAAGCUCCAAACCGUCACACAUGAGACGUAAUAUCAGGAAAAUACUGAGAGAGCAUCAGCUUGAGGCUGUGACCAAAGCCGUCCAGCAGGAGGAGCUGGAAAGGAGGCGUCGUCUGGACCAGCAGAGAAAACAAGACUCCCCUCUACCUGAAUACACAACUGGCGAUGUGGCCAAGCAUGUGUCUUCAUCCACAGCACAAACAGCAUCACAGCAAGAGCUGAAGUCGAGCCGACAGGAAGUGAUACACCUGCACUUGAGUUCCACUGGUGUCGAGAAGAAGGACAGCAGGACAAAUGUAGACUCCUCCGUCACCACAAAUCACAGACCUAAAUCAGACGUGAUUGAUUUGAGCUCAGGUGAGGACGACUCCAUUGUACACAUCAGCAGCGAGUCAGCCGUCGAGGAUGAAGACAGCGAACCAAGUGGCAUUCAUGCCAACGACGCCCACAACAGAGCAGACCAACAGGGCAGAGUCUUGGUCAACUUAAAUCAUCCACUGACAGAACCUGACAUUUUCCUCUCACCUCAGCUGGCACGGGCUGUCAAACCUCACCAGAUCGGUGGAAUUCGGUUCCUCUACGACAACUUGGUGGAGUCAGUGGAGCGCUUUAGCAGCACUAAUGGAUUCGGCUGUAUCCUGGCUCACAGCAUGGGUCUGGGAAAAACACUGCAAGUCAUCUCCUUCGUAGACAUUCUGUUCAGACACACCAAGGCUCACACUGUGCUCGCUAUCGUACCUGUGAACACACUGCAGAACUGGCUGUCAGAGUUCAACUCGUGGGUCCCGUCCCCUGAGGCCUUACCUCCAGACACUGACCAGGGUCUUCUGGCACCUCGCACCUUUAAAGUUCACAUCCUCAACGAUGAACACAAAAAUACAGCUACCAGGGCCAAAGUAGUGGAAGACUGGUCGAAGCAGGGAGGGGUGCUGCUGAUGGGCUAUGAGAUGUACCGCCUCCUGUCACUGAAGAAGAGUGUGGCAGCUGGGAGGAAGAAGAAAAGCAAGAAGACCUCAGGACCUAUUGUUUUGGACAUAGAUGAAGAGGACAGGCAGCAGGAACUGCUGAAAGGUCUAGAGAGAGCCUUGGCCCAACCUGGUCCAGAUGUGGUGAUCUGUGACGAAGGCCAUCGAAUCAAGAACUGCCAUGCCAGCACAUCCCAGGCACUGAAGAACAUCCGUACCCGCCGCAGAGUGGUCCUCACUGGCUACCCACUGCAGAACAAUCUGAUUGAGUACUGGUGCAUGGUUGACUUUGUCCGGCCGGACUUUCUCGGUACACGGCAGGAGUUCAGUAACAUGUUUGAACGUCCCAUUCUGAAUGGGCAGUGCGUGGACAGCACACCUCAGGACGUUCAGCUCAUGAGGUACAGGAGUCACGUCCUGCACAGUCUGCUGGAGGGCUUCGUACAAAGACGAGGCCACGAUGUCCUAAAGGAGCAGCUCCCCUCUAAGGAGGAGCACGUCAUCCUGGUGCGUCUGUCUCCUCUACAGAGGGCGCUCUACACCGAGUUCAUGAAUCGCUUCAGAGAGGCAGGAAACACGGGCUGGCUCAGCCUCAACCCACUGAAGGCCUUCUGUGUCUGCUGCAAAAUUUGGAACCAUCCGGACGUACUGUACGAGGCCUUACAGAAAGAAAACCUGGCGAGUGACCAGGACUUAGACCUGGAUGACCUGAGCUCCACAGGACCUGCCAGAUGUCAGACUACAGCCAAUCAAAAGUCAAAGACCCUGGAGACUCCUGUCCCUGCAGGUGGACUGAGCCUCAACCAGCUUCAGGAGAAGGCAAACCAGGUCAUCAGUUACGAAUGGGCAAAGGACAUAAUGAGCGACUACAAACCUGGCAUCCUGGAGAACUCUGCAAAGAUGGUGAUGCUGUUUCACCUGAUAGAGGAGAGCGUCAGGAAGGGAGACAAAUUGCUUGUCUUUAGUCAGAGUUUGUCUACACUGACAGUCAUUGAGGAUUUCUUGGCCAAGAGACGAGUACCUGUCUCACAGAACAAUUCAGGCAGAGAUCCAUCCAAUCAGCACUGGGUUCGCAACCUGAACUACUACAGACUGGAUGGCAGCACUACAGCCUCAGAAAGAGAGAGGCUUAUUAACCAGUUCAACGACCCAAACAAUACCUCAGCAUGGGUGUUCCUGCUGUCCACCAGGGCCGGUUGUUUGGGUGUGAAUCUGAUCGGGGCUAAUCGCGUGGUGGUGUUUGACGCCUCCUGGAACCCCUGCCAUGAUGCCCAGGCUGUGUGCCGUGUCUAUCGCUACGGUCAGAGGAAGCCCUGUCACAUAUAUCGACUGGUGUGUGAUUUCACAUUGGAGAAGAAGAUCUACGAUCGUCAGAUCUCCAAACAGGGCAUGUCAGACCGUGUUGUGGACGACCUGAACCCCGUCCUGACUUUCACAAAGAGGGAGGUGGAGUCUCUCCUCCACUUUGUGGAAGAGGAGCCAGACCCCUCCCGUGUCCUGCUGCAGCCCCAUGACAAUAUGGAGAGUGUCCUCAAAAAAGCCCUGCACAUCCAUCGGCACCUCAUUACCAAGCAACCAUUUCCACACGAAUCACUGUUGAUGGACCGGAAGGAGCUGAAGCUGAGCAGUGCUGAGAAGUCAGCUGCCAAGAAGGGCUACGAGGAGGAGAAGAAAGCCUCGGUGCCGUACACCCGCCCCUCCUACGCUCACUACUACCCUGCCAGUGAUCAGAGCCUGACCAACAUCCCUGCCUUUAGUCAGAGAAACUGGCGUCCGCCGAGACAAACUGAGGAAAAGGCUACAGCUGUUGUCCGACCAGCUCAGACAACUCCAGUUCCCAUGAUGCCCCGCCAGGCAACGCCAGGCUCCACCACAGUCAGUGAUUCAUCCCAGUCCAGCCCAGGGGGGUUCCCAGUCAACUGUCUGCAGAAAGCUGGAGUGAUUGUCCAGAAGGUUGUCACCACUACUGACAUAGUGAUUCCAGGCACCAACACGUCCUCAGAUGCCCAGACCAGGAUCACAGCUGGAGAGAGCAUCCACAUUAUUAAAGGCACAAAAGGAACUUAUAUCAGGACAUCGGAUGGUCGAAUUUUUGCCAUCAGAGCAGCCAAUAAAGCGAAGACUGCAGAGGAACACACCACAGCACCACCUAAAGAAUCACAAGUUCCAGCGGGUGAAGUCUCAACAAAUGGUAGUAACUAUUGCCUGUCACCUGAUAAAAGGCAACAUGCAACAUCCAAUCCUGUGCCCCGUCCUCUGUCACCUGACAGCCCAGAGAUCAUCAGUGAGCUGCAGUGUUACACAGGUGGACCACCAGCUGGGGUCACCUCAGUGUCUGGAGGUCAACCAGAGAACGACAUCCACAGUCUGCAUUCCUCCAAACCGCUUCAAACCAACGGCAGCAGUAAAUGCAGUUCACUCACUGGAACUCUGGACCACCACGUUGCCUCUGACACCAAUCAAACUCAAGACGCGAGGACAGGCCCUAAGCGUAAAGCCUCCUCUCCGUCUGUGGAUGAAAAGCCCAGCAAACUGCCCUCUGCUGGCAAGCACUCCUCAGCCCCUGUGGCCGCACAGGGCUUCCCCUUCAGUGGGGGUUAUAGCCUCCCUUCAUUGGCUGGUUCGCCUUAUUUUCAGCCACCCCACACCCAGCUGGGUACUCCUGGAUACAGGUGUGAAGAUCUGUUCAGCAUGGACGGGAGCAGCAAUCCUCCUUCUCCCACCUCCUCAUCCACUUCCUCUACAGUGACUACGACCCCUGCUGUGCCAUCCUCUGCAGCAGUGAAGGCUGCCAGUUUGCUUUCUAGUGCCCUGCCUCCAUUCAUGCUCAAUCGCAGCUUUGCUGGCAUGGCCGGAAUGCUGCCACCAGGCUUUCCCCUUUCUUACAGCCAGUCUCUGGCCAGUCUCUACGCAGGUACCAUGCUUCCAGGUGGGCUCCCAGGAUCUGCUGCCACUCCUGGGCCUGGUGGGGCCAGCUUCCUGCCCCAGUAUCCCCCCGCUGCAGCCUCCACCUCUUCCUCAUCUUCUCCUUCCUCUUUCUCCUCUUCAGCACAGUCAGAUGGCCAUUGUGGCCCUCUGGUGGUAAACGGCGGGAACGUCCGUAGCUCCAGCAGCUCUGAUGAUGAUGUAGUUGAGGUGAUGGGAAAGUGAUGGCCUCAUUAUAUCGUUCUUUGGGUAAGCUUGGUUUAAUUAAAACAUCGUUACAAUGGGAUGUCAUCCUAUUUGUCAGAGCACGGGCUUUGAUUGGCCUAUGAAUGUGAGGGAAAUACCUGAAUGCAGUGAACUGGUGAGAAGUGAGUCCUUGCUAAAAUGGUCAUCUGCCUUGGAAGACAGUGCAAGUGAAGACUAAAAACUGACUGAAGUUGGAGCAACAGCUUUUGAUGAUGACGAUCAUACGACGAAACCUGAGGGAAAAAAAAAA